AUGAGGGCUUCAGCUUCCGUCAGAGCAGAUGAGCCCAGUAACGCUGCAGACGAAACUUCACAAGCGGCUCCUAACAAAAGCCCCGAUGAGAUGGCUUCCUCAAAAUCUCGCAAAAUCCUCAAAGAACGAACUUUGCGAACUGUGAAUACCUUACGGACUGCUCUUCCUAUACACCCGGGAACGUUCGACUCGGGUGUCGACGUUUCAACCCAAGGGCCAAGGUUUGGCGAUCUUUCAUGGUAUAAAAUAGUUGAUAAAGAUGAGAAAUACCUCUGGGAAAUAGAGAUAAAUCGAAUUAUGGACAGCUUGGACAAGCCACAACAGCGCUUAGACUCUGCGUCGAGUCACGAACUUGCCUCAAGUAUCAGCAACUUGGGAUUUGCUUGGCUAGAAAGGGUGUCCGACCAACUACUCUGUGCACUAUCUAUUUGUGCCUUGGACGACAAUUUAAUGACCGCGCCCGAGCCUCAGACGGAGGUAUGGAAUCGAGGAUCCAUAAUCCUGCGAAGCUUUGACAGGCUAGAAACAAGACUCGGUUCAAAACUAGAGAUCAUACGUAACGCCGGCAUACGAGAGCGAGAGACGUCUCGACGAGAGCCCGACGUGGACGACAACAGCCAGUACGUACUUCGCGAUGGAGUUUCUGGUGUGGCCGAUAGCGAAGCUCCGACCUACUACCAUCUCGUUGACUAUGUUACCGAGACCGUGGCACGACUGCUAUGCCAGAACUUCAGCUCAGAUGAAGUGUAUUGGGUCAGCUAUGUCAUCACCGCACUGGCUAAAUAUUCAACAAAGCUGAAGGUUCUGUCCAGAGAACUACCAGGAUAUGGUGUUGGGGCUCUGAACAGACAUUCUGAUGUCCGACGACUUCUGAGGGACUACCCGUUCGCUGCAGCCGAGAACCCAUCGGAAAUUAGUCUUGAGGUGACGGCUGUAGAACAGCACGUGAGCCGCGAUCCCGAUCCAGAACGUGGUCCCGGGGACCGCUAUGUUGCAACAUAUGCCUCAGAUAUGAUUACGAUAUCAAAUUGGCUCUUUCGUCUUCUGUGGCAUAUCCUAAAGGACUUGAACACUCGAAACACUCGAAAUCGGGACACAGAUGAGUUCGAAGUGUCUUCUGUCGUCUUUGCAACAGCAGGGCGGUGUAUACCCGCUAUCACCUUUCAGAAUCGGCUGGGACAUGUCUCGGGUUCUUCAUCUGGUGUAGCAGUCGGGAUGGCCCGACGUGCUAUAGACCUCAUAUCAAACACUGCUGCCCUCAUUGAGGAGAAAUCCAGACAGGAACUAGGACUAAGGAUGGGCAUAUCCACAUUGUCUAUUAAAUUAGGGAAUACUGCAGCACAACAGGACGUCAACCUAAAAAGCAUGGCUGACCUCAUUAGUAUAAUGACCAUCUCGUCAUGUAUGGACCCGUCUGUAAUGGAUGACAUGAUCCGGCUUUGUGCUUCUCUGCGGGUAUCGCACAUUCUGUCAAGGACUUAUGACUCAUCUCAAGGUUACACAGCUUUUGUAACCCUGCAUAACACUCUUUCGAUAGAUCGGCCCUUACUACGACGGAGUCAUCCCCUCUCCGAUGGCCUCGAUUCAAACAGGGCCACUUCAGUCCCUCAUCAACUCAGGCAGGAGGAGCAAAGUCUCCGAAAGAAUGCCUUCGAAGCCAUUUGGGAAGUAGAACGACAAAUCUCAUCAACCCGUAAGCAGAUCUCGGACUUGGCCAGUAAAUGGGCAAUCGAAGAGCACGCUAUCGGUAUAAGCUGUCUGCGGUACACCAUUUCGAUAAUGUCGGGGUGCGCCAUACUCGUUCUUGGUGGACUUAUGGCUGGCUUCUUCGUCGGAUCACGCAUAGAAGGCGUUGACCCUUUUAACCUAACCAUGUUUGCUUGGAUCAUAGCGGGAUUUAUUAUCCUGGUCUCAAAGAGCAUUCGCGUUGGCGAGUGGACUUGGAGAGACUUUUUGAAAGGUCGCGUCACAUGUCGAACUGUACGUGAGCUGGCAAAUGUUACGAACUUGCCGGAGCAACAUAUCAUAAUGUUUCUUUUAUCAUCCGAAAGGGAAAAUGCAUUGGUUCUCAGAGGGCCUUACAAUAAUGUUUUUUCUAAUACUGGAGCCGAGGGAUUCUCCGUCGAUGUCAAACCAACUGUCGCUACACUCUUUGCCAGUGGGUUGAUUGUUUUGGAGGUUCUAUCGGAGAGUGGUUCUGCGCUUGUGUGUCUUGAUAUACGGCCCCACGUAACUGCAACGAAUAGUGGCUCUGAGGGUAGCUGGUAUGAGUUGGACAUAAUAGGCCAUGGCUUGAGUAAACAGCGAAUGGUUCAUAGGCAGCGCAAGCAGUGUCGAGUACUAGCUUGCAAGGAUCCACCCCUUCAGGACGAAACGGCAAAGGAUAUUUUGUUUCGACAACAGCUGCUUCACUGGGAGAAGAUUAUUGGUGUCUAUAAUAGGCCAACUCAAACUGUCAGAUAG